AUGUCUUCUUUCAAACUGGACUUUCUCCCAGAGAUGAUGGUCGACCACUGCUCCUUGUCUUCAAAUCCAGUAGGUAAAAAACUGAAUGGGUCUCUGGAUCAGCCAGAUCAUCCCGACCUGGACGCCAUCAAGAUGUUUGUGGGACAGAUCCCCAGAUCCUGGUCUGAGGAGCAGCUCCGAGAACUGUUUGAACCCUAUGGAGCUGUCUAUGAGAUCAACGUGCUCCGAGACCGCAGCCAGAAUCCCCCUCAGAGCAAAGGCUGUUGUUUUGUCACAUUUUACACUCGGAAGUCUGCUCUGGAGGCUCAGAACGCUCUACACAACAUGAAGAUCCUGCCCGGGAUGCACCAUCCAAUCCAGAUGAAGCCUGCAGACAGUGAGAAAAACAAUGCAGUGGAAGACAGAAAGCUCUUCAUCGGAAUGAUCUCCAAAAAGUGUAACGAGAACGAUAUCCGGCUCAUGUUCUCUCCGUAUGGACAGAUCGAGGAGUGUCGGAUCCUACGUGGCCCGGAUGGACUCAGUCGGGGUUGUGCCUUUGUCACAUUCACAGCUCGACAGAUGGCCCAGUCCGCCAUCAAAUCCAUGCACCAGUCCCAGACCAUGGAAGGCUGCUCCUCGCCCAUCGUCGUGAAGUUUGCAGACACACAGAAGGACAAGGAGCAGAAGAGGCUGGCCCAGCAGCUGCAGCAGCACAUGCAGCAGCUCAGUGCUGCCUCACUGUGGUCAAACCUCACGGGCCUCAGCAGCAUGGGCCCGCAGUAUUUAGCUUUGUAUUUACAGUUGCUGCAGCAGUCAGCCUCCACCUCUAACGGCCUCAGCAACAUGCACUCUUUCUCUGGUUUUAAUGCCAUCCAAAACCUGGCAGCUUUAGCAGCAGCAGCAAGUGCCACACAAGUCUCACAGUCCAGCUCCAGCUCCAUGACAAGCUCCAGCAGCCCUCUGUCCAUGUCCACCACAGGUUCUUCUCCCAGCUCUAGCAGCAGUUCCUCUGUGAACCCCAUGACGUCGUUGGGGGCCCUGCAGUCUCUGUCCGCAGGCUCUGGGGUGGGCCUCAACAUGGGCUCCCUGACAGGCAUGUCAGGCUUGAACAGCUCCCUCUCCUCCAGUGGACUGUCUGGAGGGUUAUCUGGAGGCUUGUCUGGAGGUCCAGGGUGCAGCAUGGACGCCCUAAGCCAGGCAUACUCAGGUAUCCAGCAGUACGCAGCCGCUGCCCUGCCCAGCCUCUACAACCAGAGCCUCCUGUCCCAGCAGAGCAUCUCUGCCGCAGGCAGCCAGAAGGAGGGUCCAGAAGGUGCCAACCUGUUCAUCUACCACCUGCCUCAGGAGUUUGGGGACCAGGACCUCCUGCAGAUGUUCAUGCCCUUCGGAAAUGUCAUUUCUGCCAAAGUCUUCAUUGACAAGCAGACCAACCUCAGCAAGUGUUUUGGUUUUGUGAGCUAUGACAAUCCAGUAUCGUCGCAGGCAGCAAUUCAGUCCAUGAACGGCUUUCAGAUUGGUAUGAAGAGACUCAAAGUGCAGCUCAAACGCUCCAAGAACGACAGUAAGCCCUAUUGA